CCCUAAUAGCCCAAAAUCACGCGAGGCGAGGCAAGGCAAAGCGUGGGUGCGGGACACUACAUGGAUGACUUCGCUUCCUCCUCCUCGAUCGCCCAGAAAACCUGGGAGCUUGAGAACAACAUAGAGACGGUCGACACGCGGCCAUGUGGAACAGCCACUACCAACUCAACGGUGGACCCGUCGGCCGACGCUAUAUUCUACUACGAUGAAGCCGCGCAGGCCAAGUUCCAGCGGGAGAAGCCCUGGGCCAACGACCCCCACUACUUCAAGCGGGUCAAGAUCUCAGCACUGGCCCUUCUAAAGAUGGUGGUCCACGCGCGCUCCGGUGGCACCAUCGAGGUCAUGGGUCUCAUGCAAGGGAAGACUGAUGGUGACGCUAUCAUCGUUAUGGAUGCCUUUGCUCUGCCUGUAGAAGGUACCGAGACGAGGGUUAAUGCCCAGGCCGAUGCAUACGAGUAUAUGGUCGAUUAUUCACAGACGAAUAAGCAGGCGGGGCGGUUGGAGAAUGUUGUUGGGUGGUACCAUUCUCAUCCUGGUUAUGGAUGUUGGCUUUCAGGUAUUGAUGUUUCAACCCAAAUGCUCAAUCAGCAAUUUCAGGAGCCCUUCUUGGCUGUUGUUAUUGACCCAACCAGGACAGUUUCUGCUGGGAAAGUUGAGAUUGGCGCAUUUAGGACAUACCCAGAAGGAUACAAGCCUCCAGAUGAUCCCGUGUCAGAGUAUCAAACCAUCCCUCUUAACAAGAUUGAAGACUUUGGCGUGCACUGUAAACAGUAUUAUGCAUUGGACAUCACUUACUUCAAGUCCUCGCUUGAUUGUCACCUCUUAGAUCUGCUAUGGAACAAGUAUUGGGUGAAUACUCUUUCAUCGUCACCUCUUCUAGGCAAUGGAGAUUAUGUAGCUGGACAGAUAUCAGAUUUAGCUGAAAAGCUGGAACAGGCAGAGAAUCAAUUAGCUCACUCUCGUUUUGGACCACUUAUAGCGCCGCCUCAAAAGAAGAAAGAGGAGGAAUCUCAACUUGCCAAGAUUACACGUGAUAGUGCAAAGAUAACUGUCGAGCAGGUCCAUGGUCUGAUGUCACAGGUUAUGAAGGACAUCCUCUUCAACUCUGUGCACCAAUCCAACAAGUCUCGCACAGAACCAUCUGGCCCUGAACCGAUGAUUGAAGCCUAGUGGUAUAUAUCUUACUGUGAUUGGACUUGUUUGAUUUUUUGAGACAUUUAACCCCGGUCAGCGGAAGCGGAAGUUUCCCUUAUACGUUUAUUGACCUUUUAUAUUUAGUUCCGCUUCAAACACAUAGCUAUUCCUUGUAAAUAUUGAUGGGGCUCCAUCCCCUUUUGACACUAUUAUUCAAAUGCUUGAUUUGUGCUGGGAAA